GUAGGCACUACAUGGCGCUUGACCCGGGCGUCAAUACACGCCCGGGUCAUAAUGCUGCGUGGCCGAGAGAUGCCUAAGUAACCGGGAAAGUUUUAGUGAGUUAAUUUUUGUAUUUUUAUAAUUAGUUUAGUGAGUGAGUUAAUUAUUUCAUUUUUUUGUUCGAGUUCAGAGAAUAAUUGAAGAUCCGAGCCAACUUGUUACAAUGGUGCCAUUAUUGGACUCUAAGGUGCUCCACUUGAUGAUCAGGUCAGACGAUCGGGCAAUUUAUGAGAAAAUGAUCAAUAAAAAUGUUUUUAGACGUUUCUGGUGUCACACUAUAUCCUUGCCCAAGGGACUUAAGACGCCAAUAUGAUUGCAUUUUUACUAAAGAUGCCCUGCAAUUUCUGGCGGAUAUCAUUGCACAAUUCGAUCAUAGAAUUGAAGAGUUGUAUGCGAAGCGAUUGGAAAUGAGAUCAAAGAUUUCUCAAGGAUGGAUGCCCAAAUUUUAUACGAGUAAGGAACGUGAUGAUAAGAGUUGGCGAAUCGAUCCUUUACCUGAGAAACUUUGCAACAGAAAUGUAGAUUUGGGAGAUGUAUCUCCAUCCAACACAAUCCAUUUUGUGGAUUCCUUAAAUGCCAAGGUUCAAGGCGUACAGGUAGAUUUUGAUGAUGGGCAUUGCCCAACUUGGCGAAAUACUAUUCAGGGAAUUUAUAACGUGUAUAUGGCAGUAAAUGGAAAGUUACCAGGAGUACCUAUAGAUAUAGAAUCAUGUCCAAUUUUAAUGUUAAGACCACGUGCAUGGAAUAUGUAUGAACAUCAUUGCAUAAUAAAUGGCAAAAUUGUUCCUGGUUCCUUGUUUGACUUCUCUAUGCUGAUGUAUCAUUGUGGAAAAAGAUUAGCUAAGAAGCAAUGCGGUCCUUAUUUUUACUUAUCAAAAAUUGAAGGUCCUAACGAGACUUGUUUAUGGAACGACAUAUUUAUCUGGUCUCAGAAAAUGUUAGACAUCAAACAAGGAACUAUUAAAGCAUGUGUGCUUAUUGAAAAUAUAUGUGCAGUUUUUGCCAUGGAUGAAAUUUUGUAUUCACUCAAAGAACAUUCGUUGGGACUUAAUUGUGGUAUAUGGGACUACUCGGCUUCUAUAAUUUCUAAAUUUGGAUUCAAGAAGUCCUUUAUCAUACCUGAUAGGAAUAAAUAUGUUAAUAUGGACAAACCAUUUCUGGCAAACUAUAUGAAACUUGUGUUGAAAACUUGUCACCAGCGAGGAGCACCAGCUACUGCAGGAAUGGCUGCUCUCCUGGUUAAAAAUGAAAAAUCCAAAAUAUCUAAGGAAAUUGUAGAUAAAGUUCUACAGGCGAAAAGGAUAGAGAUCCAUCUAGGUUUUGAUGGUUUUCUAAUUUAUGAUCUAGAACUAGUGCCUUACAUGAAUGAGGUAGAUGAAUUCGAUAAAACAUUUUAAUUAUGUAUUCCAAACUAUAAUAAUCUAUUUUCAAACGAUCUUUUUCUGUUACCAAAGGGUGGUGUCACCUUUGAUGGUCUUAUUAAUAUAAAAGUAUCAUUACUAUUUAUUUAUCACUGGUUUGAAGGUAAGGGCCACUUUUCUAAUGGUGCUGUUGAAGAUUCAGCAACUGCUGAGAUUUGUCGAUCACAAAUUUGGCAAUGGAUUAGACAUUCGGUGGAGUUUGAUGGCGAAGAUGUUCCUCAACGUGAAGUUAAUUUCCAAAUCGUUGUAAAAUUACUUGAUAAAAUUACAAAUGAGUUCUGUAAAACUCUUUGUAAAAGUAACCAUGAUAUAAAACGCAUGACCGCUUCUAAAUUUCUUUUGCAUGAAAUUAUAUUAUUUCGCGAUUAUCCUGAAUUUAUAACGACUUUUUUGAAUGAUAAUCAUAAAUUUCGAGCAUUACAUAAUAAGUCUGAAGCUUUGUUCAGUAAAUUGUAA